CCCGCCCCGCGGACGGCGCUCCCCGGGACCCCCGGGCUGCAGACGCUCGGGCGCUGGGCCGGCGUUGGCGCGACCGGAGCGCGGGGUCGGAACCGGCGGCCGAGCGGCCCCAGCGGGGUGCGCCCAGUAGGCUGCGGCCGCGCAGCAGGCAUGGCAGAGGCCGCGCCGCAGCCCCUGGCGCUGCCCUCGGGGCUGCUGGAGCUGUGCGCGCUGCUGGGGGCCCCCCGGGACAGUCUCCGCGGCCCCGAGCAGGUUGCCCAGAGAAAGGGAGUCAAAAGUCUGUCUUCUCUCGAUCCGGAGGUCCUGUCCGUUUUCGUGCCUCCGUUUGUCAGUAAGGAGGACGGUCAGACGACUGGUGCCAGCUGCGUGCUUCUAAGCAAACCCAGAAGGCGCUCCCUCAGGAAGAAGAGAGAGAAGCCCAAACCAGAGCCCUGGAAGGGCCUCCCGGGGGGCCCCAGAGAGCCCGACUCCGAAGACAUCAGCAUCCCCAACGGCGUGGACCUGCUCGCCCUGCCUCAGCUGUGCUUCCCAGGGGGUGUGUGUGUGGCCUCUGAACCAAAGGAGGAUUGUGUCCAUUUUCUGGUGCUGACCGAUGUCUGUGGGAAUAGAACCUACGGUGUGGUAGCCCAGUACUACCGGCCCCUGCACGACGAGCACUGUUUCUACAACGGCAAAUCGCACUGGGAGCCGUGCAGACUGAGUGCAGCCGGCUGCUUCGUGCCCUUCGCGGUGUGCGUGGUCUCCAGGUUCCCCUACUACACGGCGCUCAAGGACUGCCUCUCCUGUUUAUUGACUCAUCUGAAGCUCUGUAAAGAUUUUGAAGUCGACAAUCACAUAAGAGAUUUUGCUGCAAAACUAUCUUUAAUACCUAGCCCGCCGCCGGGACCGCUCCAUCUGGUAUUUAACAUGAAGCCGCUACAGAUCGUGUUUCCCUCCCGAGCGGACCCUGACAGCCUGCUCAUCGACCUCGACCUUCACCUGCCCUUGCUGCGCUUCAGACCCGAGAGGGUGCUGCAGAUCCUGAGCUGCCUUCUCACGGAGCAGCGGAUCGUGUUCUUCUCCUCCAACUGGGCUCUGCUCACGCUCAUCACCGAGUGCUUCAUGGCCUACCUCCACCCACUGCAGUGGCAGCACACGUUCGUGCCCAUCCUCUCUGGCCAGAUGCUGGAUUUUGUCAUGGCUCCUACGUCCUUUCUCAUGGGCUGCCACCUCGACCACUUCGCAGAAGUCAGCAAGGAAGCUGAUGGUUUAAUUCUGAUAAAUAUCGAUAAUGGGAGCAUCACCUACUCCAGUGACGAUGGCAUUGACGUUCCCGACAUCCCUCUCCUGGCGGCUCAGACGUUUAUGCAGAGGGUCCAGAGCCUUCAGCUGCAUCACGAGCUGGACCUCGCUCACCUGGGCUCCAUCACAGACCUGAAUGAGGGGCGAGCCUGCAGGCGGGCCUGGCAGCAGACACUCAACCGCCAGAUCCAGCAGAUCACCCUGCAGCUGCUCGUCAGCAUCUUCAGGGAAGUGAAGAAUCACUUGAAUUACGAACAUCGAGUGUUUAACAGUGAAGAGUUCCUCAAGACCAGAGCUCCAGGGGACCAGGAGUUCUAUAAACAGGUUCUGGAGACCUACAUGUUUCAUUCUUUCCUCAAAGCGCGGCUCAGCAGGAGGCUGGACGCCUUUGCUCAGAUGGACCUUAGCACGCAGUCGGAAGAAGACAGAAUUAAUGGGAUGCUUCUAAGUCCCAGAAGACCGACAAUUGAGAAAAUGGCCUCGCGCAAAGCCUCGGCCUCGCAUGCCACUCACCGGCGCAUGGUGGUCAGCAUGCCCAACCUGCAGGACAUCGUGCCUCCCGAGCUGCCGCCACGCAACUCGUCGCUGCGGAAAGUGGACACUGGGGAUUGCAGAAGCAGCAGCACAGUUCUGAAUGUGAGCCCUAUGACGACAUACACGUUCAAGCUGCCGGAAAUCCACUUCCCCCUGGUGGGCCAGUGCGUCCAGGCCUAUUACUGCGACUGCGUCAGCCUGCUGAGUAAAGCCAUGAGCUUCCUGGCUCCCGAGAGCUCCGUGCUCCUGGCCCGCUACUUCUACCUCCGCGGGCUGGUUCACCUGAUGCAAGGACAGCUGCUGGGCGCCCUCCUGGACUUCCAGAGUCUGUACAAAACCGAUGUGCGGAUCUUUCCUGCCGACCUUGUUAAGAGGACAGUGGACUCCAUGUCGGCCCCCGAGCGCGCCCAGGCCGAGCAGACCCCUGAGCUGAGGAGGCUCAUCAGCGAGGUCAUGGACAAGGCCGGGGAGGCCCCCAAGGCGGACGACCGCGUCAAGAACUUCGAGCUGCCCAAGAAGCACAUGCAGCUGGACGAUUUCGUGAAGCGGGUUCAGGAAUCGGGCAUCGUGAAGGACAUUGGCACCAUCCGCCGGCUCUUUGAGGCAUUGACCGUAGGGCACCAGAAACAGAUCGACCCAGAAACGUUCAGGGAUUUCUACACCUGCUGGAAGGAGACGGAAGCGGAGGCCCAGGAGGUCGUUCUGCCGCCGUCCGUGAUGGAACACCUGGAUAAAAACGAGUGUGUCUAUAAGCUGUCGAGCUCCGUCAAGACCAACCGCGGCGUGGGCAAGAUCGCCAUGACGCAGAAGCGCCUGUUCCUCCUGACCGAAGGCAGGCCGGGCUACGUGGAGAUUUCCACCUUCCGAAACAUAGAGGAAGUCAGAAGUACCACAGUAGCUUUUCUGGUGCUCAGAAUACCCACAUUAAAAAUUAAAAUGGUGUCUAAGAAAGAAGUCUUUGAAGCUAAUCUUAAGACGGAGUGUGACCUGUGGCACCUGAUGGUGAAGGAGAUGUGGGCUGGGAAGAAGCUGGCCGAUGACCACAAGGACCCCCAGUACGUCCAGCAGGCGCUGACCCACGUCUUGCUGAUGGACGCCGUCGUGGGCACGCUGCAGUCGCCCGGCGCCAUUUAUGCUGCCUCCAAAUUGUCGUACUUCGAUAAGAUGAAGAACGAAAUGCCCAUGGCAGUUCCAAAGACGACCGCGGAAACGCUCAAGCACAAGAUCAACCCCUCGGCGGGAGAGAUCUUCCCGCAGGCCGUCGACGUCCUGUUGUACACUCCAGGGCAUCUUGAUCCAGCAGAAAAAGUUGAAGAUGCUCGCCCCAAACUAUGGUGCGCUCUGAACGAAGGCAAGGUGACCGUAUUCGAUGCCUCCUCUUGGACGAUCUACCAGCACUGCUUUAAAGUGGGCACUUCUAAACUGAACUGCAUGGUGAUGGCGGAGCAGAACCAGGUGUGGGUCGGCUCGGAGGACUCCGUCAUCUACAUCAUCAACAUCCACAGUAUGUCGUGCAACAAGCAGCUCACCGAUCACCGCUCCAGUGUCACGGAUUUGGUUGUGCAGGACACAGCGGAGGCGCCCAGGGAGGUGUACUCGUGCAGCGUGGAUGGGACGGUCCUGGCAUGGAACGUGAGCACGCUGCGGGUGACCAGCAGGUUCCAGCUGCCGAGCGGCGGGCUCUCGUCCAUCAGACUGCACAAUGGCCGCCUGUGGUGCUGUAAGUCCUGGGGGCCCCGCCGCCAGAACUGGAAGCUGACCCCUGCACUAGGACGAGGAAACCGAAUGGGAGCUACCGGCCUCUUUCAUGCUUUCCACAUUUCCAACUUUUGUUUUAAAAUUCUGGUUCCUUCUCUGUGCUCCCUGGCUCCCCACGUCCCUGCGUCCCUCUUGAUUGUGCUGUUUCUCCAGGGCUCCCCUACGCCUCCCCGAGGCGCCUGCCGCUUCUCCAAGUGCUGGCCUCUCUCCCGUGUCCCACUCAUGGUGAGAACACAGCCCAGGUGCCCCCAGGAGUCGUCACUGCUCUUUCUGGAGCCCUUGGGGGCCCUGCCAUUUGAGUGCAGGCCGGAGGGCACACUUGUCAGGAGCGUGCCGUGUGCUCACCUCUGCCACUCGCAGCACAGACCCCAGGGCGGGGCUGUCUGUGGGACCGAGCUGGGCGUUUGUCUGGCGUCUGACUGGAAGGUGCAGCGGCUGUGCCCGGUGGCUUGUGUUCUGCAUUGCUGAGCAUCGCAGAGCACAGCUGUCUGCACUUUGAACUGUUCCCUGGCAUAUAUACACCGGAUAACAUGGGUGAGAGUGUGAACACAUUUUCUCUAAUUCAAGCAUGUGUUACGUGUGGUAAAAUGCACAAACGUUGAGUGUACAGUUUGUUGUGUUUCGACAAAAGGAUCCACCACAUAACCACCCAACAGUCAAGACGCAGGGGACAUCCAUCGCAGCUGCGUUCCUCGGUGCUCCUUCCAGGCAGCCCCCUCACAGGGGAACGGUGGUUCUGAGUUCUAUCCCUAGAUUUGUUUUGCUUGUUCCUGAACUUUCUAUAAAUGGGCUCUACAGCGCGUGCUCUUCUUCUGUGGCUCUGUUCAGUCUACACAGGAUUCUGAGGAUUCAUCCGUGGCCUUCCGAGUUCCCAGCUCCUGCAUUUUAUCGCUGAGCAGUACUGCACUGUAUGAAUUUACUACAUUUAUGCUAGUCUGGUUAUCUUUUCUCUGGUGGGUGGAACUGGGUUAAUGGUGUUGAACCAUUUGAGAAACCGUCAGCCCCCUUCCAGAGCACUUGCUCCAUCUUGCAUUCCCAGCACAGCGCAGGAGGGUUCCGCUCCCCCUGCCUCCUCACCGGAGCUCCUCUGGCUUUGGUUGGAACCAUGCUAGUGGCUAGCAUGGGACCAUGACGUGACGUGGCAUCGCGUCGUGGCAUUGAUUGCGCUUCCCGAGGGCUGACGAUGGGGAGCAUCUUCCCAUGUGCCUUUUGCCAUUUCGGUAUCUUCUUUGGAGAAGGCCUGUUCAGAUCCUUUGCUCAUCAGUCGAUUCACUUUUAAUGCUAUGAUGAUAUGGUUAGGAGUAAGUGUACUGUUGCCUUCUUUCUGUUCCGUUUUCCCAUCUGUUCUUCGUUGUUUCUCCUCUCCUGCCUUCUUUUGGACUAUUUUAAUAUUCGUUUUAACCUUCUUUGUUGUCUUGUUAGCGCUACAUUUUUUGUUUUGCUGUUGAGUGGUUGCUCCGAGGACGGAGUCUGCGGCCGGACCUCAUCGCAGUCUCUCUCAGGUGACGAUCACACCACUUCCUGUUAACGUGAGCAGCUCAGAGCAGUCAACUUAAUUCCACGUACCUCUUUCUGCCCCUUGUGCUGCUGUUAAAUGCAGGAUUUUAUUUCUAGGAUUGUGAUAAACCUCAUAAUAUAUUUUUUAAGUUUUUGCUAAGUACUCCACAGUCUUUCAAAGAAAGUAAGAAAAAGUUUAUUUUUGCCCAUAUAUUGACCGUGUUUGGUGAGCUUCGUUCCCUCUUCAAACUCAGGUUUCCAUCUUGCAUCAUUUCCCCUUCACCUUAAGAAUUUCCUGCAGUAUUUCUUACGAUCUGAGUCUGCUGAAAACAAAUUCCAGGCUGACAGUUCUCAUUUUCUCCCCACACUUUAGCGAUAUCAUUCCCCUGUCGUCUCUGUGUGUUCCUGACGAGCAAUCUGCCAUCGUUCUUACUGUUCUGCUCAGUUAGCGCGCCCGGCUUCUGGAGCGGCGGUUCUUCUCUGGUUCCGUGAGCUGGACUACCGCGUGCUUGGUGGGAAGGGCUUGUGUUCAUCUCGCUGGCAGUGCACUUUCAUGAAUUUGGGGGAAAUGCUUAACCACCAUCUCUUCCAAUAUUUCUUCUGCCCACUCUCGCUCUCCGUCUUCUCGGAUUCUAGUUACAUAUAUAUGAGACCAUUGGAUAACGUCUUACAGGUCUCGGGCAGUGUAAUAAGUUUUUCAUUCCGCUUCUCUCUGUGCUUUGGUUGGCUAAGAUCUGAGCCUUUCUUCUCCUGUGUCCUGUCUGCUGUUAGACCUAUCCCGCAAAUUUUCACUUUAGUUCUAGAACUUCCAUUUAUUUUAUUUUUUUGAAGAACUUCGUUUGUCUGCUAAGUUCUUCAUCGCUUCACCCUCCUCUCUGUAUCUUCCCGUAAGGUUUGAAAUGGAUUUGUAAUUGUUGGUCUGAAGUCCUCGUCUGCUGGAUCCGGGCUCAUCUCUGGGUUUGCUCCUGUUUACUCGUUCCGUCUUGAUCUCUAGUCACGUCUUAACACUUCCUGUGUGUAGUAGCUUUCAUUGCAUCCUGGAUAUUGUCACUGACACACUGAGGAGGCUCUGGAUCAGACCCUUCCUUAUGGAGCAUUAAGUGUAGUUCUAGAAGAUCCUUAAAUAACUGGCGAAUCAUCUUGAUCCUGUGUGGAGGCUUGGUUUUAGGCUUCUCUGGGGUGAGUACAUCUCAGUUUUGAUCUUUGUCCUAGAGCAUAACCCUCAGUGCUGGUGCGCAGUCUUUGUUCUCACAGCCGGGCCCUUCCAGGGUUUCGAGGGGAUGCCCCAGGUGUCUACCGAGCCUUUCUAACUUGGAUGAGCCGCAUGCUGAACUCGUCUCUCUGUAGCGCUGGGGAGCACUGAACGCUCCUCCCAGGCCUUGUAUGUUCCAGUUCCACUUUCUGUUGUCUAUACACAGUUUAGGAGUCAGCCGAGGACUUGAGAAUUUAUACAUAUAUUUUGGGGCUCCCUCAUUCUGGGGAUAUCCCCCAUUUCCAGCCACACUGGCAGCCCCACACCAUUACCGUCAGCCAGGUUGGACUGCUGCAUACUGCGAGAACUUUAUUCCUCAGGGAACCUGGGGACCUGUGCACCUCGCUGACUUGGUUUCUUUUCACCCAAGGAUUGUAUCCCUCAGCUUUGGCUGACCUCCAGACAUGUGUGUGUGUGUGUGUGUGUGUGUCCACCCGUGGAUGCAUUUCGGACUAACAGAGCUGACGAACCUUGGCUGAGAGGUGUCUGUUAGAUGCAGUGAGGGAGCUAACAGGUGAGAAUGAGGAUGGGCAGCCUGGCCUGAAGGACGGAAUCUCGUUUAUGCUCUAAGUUAACUGAAUACAGUAAGUGGUUUUCUAUUUCACAACAUUAAGAAAAGUACAAGAAGAAAGUAGUUUCUUCGGGUGAAAGAGGACAUUUGCCUGUGAAGUGUUGUUCCAAGUCUUCAUCUAAUCAAGGACAACAAGCUGGAGGCUCGGUCACUCAGACGUCAUCCGUUCAGACGUGGAGAUCACGCCAGUGUCUUUGCUCGUCCAGGCGUCUGUGGGCACCAGGGCAGAGCCUGGAAGAGUGUGGGGCAGACGGGCCAGCUCCGCUCAGUCCUCCCAAGGCCCCAGCAAGGGGAACCUGGGGAGCCUGACUUUCCAGUCACACUAUUUCAGACCCGCUUAGUUGUCCCCUAAGUCUGGAUGGGAAGCUACCCUCGCUGCAGGCACCCCAAGCCUGAGUGCCCCUCAGAAGGACGUGUGCUUGGGUCGUUUCCUGGGAGGGAGGUGGACGUGCGUUCCCUGUGCCCUGUGGUCGGAGGUUUGCAUCUGUGAGGUUGCUGGUGCCCCCUGGCUCAGGCCGUGGCCUUCGUGUGCAUUCGGGUUCAAAUCCAGGCUUUGUCACUGGAUGGUUAGUCAGUUUGGGCAGGUCCCUCAUGCUCUUAGAGUCUGUUUCUUCAUUUGAAAAGUGAGGUGGAAACAGCGCCCUUCCCCCAUGAGAGCCCACCAACAGCUAAGAGAUGCCAGAGGCAAAAGCCCUGUCGGCCUCGAAAUGUGACGAGUGGGGGGCUGGUGACAGUGACCCCAGAGAGCAGCCCUGAUGGCGUGGGCGCCGAGCCCCUGUACGCUGACCUGACUGGUGAGAAGGGCUACAGAAGGACAAGUCAUGAAGGGGGAUGAGCAGUGGAGUGGCCGAGGGGGUCUCCCGUGGGGAGCUUCUCCCGGACAAAGCCCCCCCAGGUGCUUCUCCCUCCUACCGCCCCACGGCAGGGGCCCCAGGAGCCCCUUCCCUUUCUGUGCCUAGCCCGCCUCGGGGACAGCGAUCGCUCGGCCACAUCCCCGCCCCCACCUGCUGCUCCGUGUGCAGCAGGCUCCCCCAGAUGUUUGCCCCUCCCACUUCGGUGUGUGAACUGCUCCCCUCCGCCAGCCAGGCCCCUGCAGUAUUGGCGCAGGUCAGCGACUUAUCCAGAGCCUGGAGCGGUUUGAGAGCUGCUGGUCGGCACCGACGAGGGGCCCCUGUGGGCGAGGAGACCGCUGAGGGCCCCAGGGUGGCAGAAGCACCUCUCCAGAGGGCUCCCUGCCAGCCCAGGCAUUCCUAACAAGCAGCAGCAUCCAGAAGGGCCUGUUAAUGAGUCCAAGUGGAUAAUGGCCUGUCUGGAUAAAAGGCCUCCCAUGGGAGGCUCGUUUCUGCAUGUUAGGUCUCAGGGAAAACCACGUUUAGCCGGGCUCAGAAGCAGGAAGAGAGCUGUGGUGGUGGGCUUUCGCUUUCCACGACUGCAAACUCAGCCAGGCUUCCGAGGCCUCGGGGCCCCUUCUCCGUCCAGGCCGGGUGCCAGAGGGGGACCUGCAGUUAGCUCAGCUGCGCCAGGAAGCCGAGCAGCAUGGGGGUGCGCCCCUUCUGCCUCGCAGGCUGGAGUUCCUUGGGCGGCUUGGCUGUGGCUGGCCCCGCCCUCCUCAUCCAAAGGCUCCCCCGAGGGCAGGCUGUGUCUUCCCGUCCCAUCUCUGCGGUGCUGGCACAGCGGCUUUAGCACAUGGGGGCAGGGUACAUGUGAUAAAACCUAAGAAAGGACAGCCUUGCAGCUCGGCCGCCACUCCUUGAAGACGACGCUCCGUCCCCUGUGCACCUGAUUUCACAUCCUCUCUGCAGCCCUCAUCCUGAUGACCCGGGGCUCUCAUGUCACGGACACUCUGGGUUUGCAGAAGGACAUUGUGCUUCAGUGACUCACGGAAACAGACGGACAGAAGCGCGAAGACACAGAUGUGCUCCGGAGGCAGGGCCCUGUUCCGUGACUCUCAGAAUGGCCAGCACGGUGAGGGCUGCCUGCGGCCUCAAGGGAGAGGAGAC